AUGGGGGACCUAAGCAAGCCCAAUACCAGGAUAAAGGACGUUCAUGAUCUGCCAAACACCGUUAGUCUUGCCGGGAUCGUUUACAUCCUAUACCUCGUCGGGCAGGUUGUGGUUAAUUCUAUGACUCACUUCCACAAGCUGAAAGAUACUCGCAGAGAAGACGGCGAAAUGUACCAUGGAUCCCGAGAGCAUAUGCUACGGUCUGACAUAGCUGAAGUCGCCGAUAUGCGGUCAUUGAAGAACACGAGAGCGAAAUGGCUGGAUGCGAGCAAGGUCAUUACGGCUAUCGGUCGAACCUUUGGACGUGAAUCGGGGUCACCCGAUGAGCUAUCCUUUGGAGAUGAUGGCGGGCCGGAUCGAAGGGUGGAAGUGAGUGAUGCAGCAGAGACGGUCAGGCAAGUCCAAUUCCUUCUGCGGUAUGACUCUGUCGUCUCAUUCGAUGCCGACCUUGACGUUGGUGGAGAAGACCAGGAUGAUGGAGCAUUGCCAGGCGGGACCCCCGCAAACUCUGAUGCGACUGAUCAAUCGCGAUUGUACCUAUGCCUGGCCCAAUGA